AUGGUCGUUAGAAGGAUUAAAGAGGUGGAAUUUUUAGAAACAGAAUAAAAGUUUCAUUAAGGAAGAUAUGAAGAAUAGAUGUCAAAAUAUAAUGAUUUUUUUACAAGAAUGAGAGAAUUAAAAUAGAUGGUGAAUAGAGAUGAUGCAUAUAGAAAAGAAACAUUAAAAAAUUAAUUAGAUAAAGCAAAAGGUGAUUUAAAUAGAGAAAAGGCAGCAGUUUAAUAAUAAAUAGAUUAAUAAGAGAAGGUGAUACUUGAUACAGCUGUUAUGUAAACUAAAAGUAUGAAAUUAAUUAAAGAAAAAAUGAUACAGAUAUUAUGUAAUAGAAAAUUAAAGAAUUGUAGGCAAUAUCAAGAUUAAAAUAUAAUGAUUGGCAAAUUUUAUCAUCAUCUUAUGAUUGCAAGAUGGCAUAAAGCACAAAUUAAUUAAAAAUGUAAAAGUAUUAUAUGAAUUAAGAAGACUUAAAUUAUCAUCUGAAUCAUAUGAUACUACAAUUCUUAAAGAAUCAUAAGAAAUUAUUUAAUACAAUAUUUUAAGAAUACAUAUGA